ACGCUUGCGCUGUACUGCUCUUUCUGUGAAAGCACAGUUCUUUCAGUCAUAAACUUUUGCUUUGUAAUAUUGUGUAUUUUCAAAGGAAUUUGUUAAAAUAUUUCUGUUUUGUGUGAAAUACGUUUUAAACCUAAGAUAUUAGAGUUAAUCAAACAGAAUUAAUCAUUAAUAGAAAUUUCCUGAAAGAAAUAUUAGAAUAGUUUUAUUUGUAUCGCUGCUUCAUGUUCCAUCAUGAGUGACUAUUCAGCGGUUGCUCCGCCUCAGAAUUUUAGUCAAAGCUCAGCAUUUGCAGCAGCUUUGCAACGUGCAAAACAAAUAGCUGCAAAGAUUAAUCCAGCUGGUGCUCAAAAUAAUCAAGAUACAAAGUUGAAACGUCCUCUUGAAGAUGGAUCAGAACCUGAAGCAAAAAAAAUGGCAUCACUGGUAUCAGACCCAUUAAUGGGACUUCGAGGCCCAGCAGGAAGUAAUGCAUUAGGGGAAUCAAUUAAUCCAACAGGACGAACAGGACAAGCAGGAUCUUCAGGAGGACCAAUUGGAAAUGUAGGAGGUAUUUGUAAUGAAGAUAUCAGAGUUCCAGAUAACAUGGUUGGACUGAUAAUUGGCAGAGGUGGAGAACAAAUAACAAGAUUGCAGAGUGAAACAGGAUGUAAAAUACAAAUGGCACCAGAAAGUGGUGGGCUACCUGAACGUCUUUGCACAUUAACUGGCUCACGAGAAGCUGUCAAUCGAGCGAAAGAAUUGGUAUUAUCAAUUGUAAAUCAAAGAAGUAGAACUGAAGGAAUUGGUGAUAUGGGUGGAAGCAGUGGAGGAAUAAUGAGUCAUUCAGGAUUUGUUGAAAUAAUGAUUCCUGGACCAAAAGUUGGUUUAAUUAUUGGAAAAGGCGGAGAAACGAUAAAACAACUUCAAGAAAAAUCUGGAGCUAAGAUGGUUGUUAUUCAAGAAGGUCCUUCUCAAGAACAAGAAAAACCUUUAAGGAUAACUGGUGAUCCACAAAAGGUAGAAUAUGCUAAACAACUAGUAUAUGAAUUAAUAGCUGAAAAAGAAAUGCAAAUGUUUCAUAGAGGUGCAAGAGGAAAUGAUAGGAGUGGAAAUUAUUCAAAUGAUAGUAGUUUUAACCAUGGUUCUGGAACCACUGAUGGAGUGGAAGUACUUGUUCCAAGAGCAGCAGUAGGUGUUGUUAUUGGUAAAGGAGGAGAUAUGAUUAAAAAAAUACAGGCAGAGACUGGUGCAAGAGUUCAAUUUCAACAGGGACGGGAGGACGGCCCUGGGGACAGAAAAUGCAUAGUGUCUGGCAAACAUCAAGCUGUAGAACAAGUGCGUCAACGCAUUCAGGAACUUAUUGAUAGUGUAAUGAGAAGAGAUGAUGGUAGAAGUAACAUAGGAGCAAGAAGUGGCCCACGAGGCAAUGGCUUUGGCAAUAAUCGUAAUCCAAAUGAAUAUGGCGGAUGGGAUAGGCGUCAAGGAGGACCUAUGCAAGAUAAAAUAGAAACAAUGUUUACUGUUCCAUCUUCAAAAUGUGGUAUUAUUAUAGGAAAAGGUGGUGAAACCAUUAAACAAAUAAAUCAGCAGACUGGGGCACAUUGUGAACUAGAUAGAAGAAAUCAAAGUAAUGAAAAUGAAAAAAUUUUCAUAAUUCGUGGAAACCCUGAACAAGUGGAGCAUGCAAAAAGAAUAUUUAGCGAAAAGUUAGGCAUGGCUCCAGCUAAUACGUCAUUUACUGGUACACAAGGAGCAAUUGGAUAUAAUCCAACUUGGAAUGCUGGAACAGCUUACCAAGCCUGGCCAAACCAACCUCAAACUACUGAUACAAGUACAGCAAGUCAAGCUCCUGUUCAAGUAAAUCCACAAACAGGACAACCAGAUUAUAGUGCACAAUGGGCAGAAUAUUAUCGAUCAUUAGGUAUGCAUAGAGAAGCAGAUAUGAUUGAACAACAAGCAAAACAAGGAAAACAAGAUCAUAAUCAACAGUCAGGAAAUACACAAAACCAAACUAAUACAUCAACAGCUAAUACUGCUGGUCCAGCACAACAACAACAACCACAAACGCAACAGCAACAACAACAAACUGGAGCUACACAGAAUGGAGGUCAGGCUGAUUAUAGUGCACAAUGGGCAGAAUAUUAUAGAAGUAUUGGUAAAAUAAAAGAAGCAGAAGCUAUAGAAGCUCAAAUGAAAGCAGGGAAGUUGGGAAUGCAAAACAAUCAAAUGGCUCAAAAUAUGCAACAAAGUAUGCAAGGUCAAUCUGGUCCAGCAAGUGGGACUCCUAAUGCAUUUCCACAAGCUUACGGUAGUUAUCCAACAAUAAACGCUAGUUCAACUCCAACGGGUUAUUAUGCAGCAGGAGCUGGAGCUACCACACAGCCACAAAGCGGUCAACAGAAUCCGUCUUUUCCAACGGGCUAUCAAAACUAUCCUUACUCACAAGCAAAUACAGAAAGUUAAACUUCCAUCAGGAAAAAUAUUAGCUUUAUGAAUUAAACCGGCAGUGAUUUGGUAUGAUUUUUAAUACCAUAUAUUCCCUUUUUCUGUUACAACUUAAAAUUUUGAUGUGUGUCUUGUUCUCUAAUAUAUGUUUAAGUACAAUUAAUACACGCAAAAAAUGUACAAACAUUAUAUUAGACAUUUAAAUUAAAGAGAAUUGUUUUUAUUUUAUGUAACAGCAAAAAGUUUAAAAAAUGUAUAUUUAUAUUUGUUUUAGUAAUAUAUUUUAUAUAUCAGUUACAAUUUAUUUAAAGCAAAACCAAACAGUACUUAAUUCUUUUAUUAUUAUUUAAAAUAUAGAGUAGUUUGUGUAUUAAUGAUAUUUGAAUAUAAUUGUUAACGUGAAAUAUUAUACACAAUUUUUUUAAAGAUUAUAUUUAUUAUAUUUUUGUAAUUAUAGCGGUAGAUACAAAUAAUGAAAAUGUUUCAGGAACAAAGAUGAUACAUUUCAUACAUUCUAGUCAAGAAAUUCAAGUAAUGGAUAUUUGAAGCGUAUGAUAUUUAAUAUAAAAUGUUAGCUUCAAUCAUAGCUUUUAAAGGAAAGGUUUGUAAGGUUUGUAGAACUACUAAUUUGUAAAAUGGUACAAAAAAUAUCUUAAUAAAACAUGAUUCUCAAGAUAUAAUUAUUUAUUAUUCAUAAAAUAAUCACCAAUUAAAUAUUUCAGAAUUCCAGCUUUUAAUAUUUUUACUAACAUAUUAUUUGGCAUAAUAUUACUAUACAUAUAUUUAAAAUUCGUAUUCCACACAUGCAUGUAUAUGUAAAUUUACUUUCUGCAUAUGUACAUAUAUGUAAUCAAGUAAUGUAAAAUGUAAUGUAAAUGUAAAUGUGAAAGUUAUAUGCACAUAUUCAUCAAACAUACAAUCCUUCUAGCUUUAUAGAGUUAUUUUACAAAAUAAAUUUAGAUAUAUUUCAUUCUAAUAUUGGCAGAUUCUACUUGUAUGUGUAUUACUAUUAAAUAUGCAUAACGAUAUAUAUGUAUAUGUCUAUAUACAAUUAAGCUUGAAAUACUCACAAAAAGAAUAUAAAUAUAAAAAUAAAGUUCACAUAUUUGUGCUCUUAAGCGUUAUUUCUUUUGAAUUCACUGAAUCCAGUGUAAUUUAAAAUUGUCAUCAAAACGUAUGUACACUUACAUUAGUUGAAGCUUUUAAAUUUUUACAUAAACAUUAUUUGCCAGCAAAUAACAGCAUUUGUUAAUUGAUCCAUUGUAAUAAUAAUUUCUCUAAAUGUAUACUACAAUAGAUUAAAUAAUUAGAAUAGCUUCAGAUUUCUGGUGGUGGACCAUACAUUGGAUUUAAUUGUUGCGUACAGCGUAUAAAUGUAGCACGACGUGGGAGUUCA